GAUUUAGUUCUUCUUAAUCAUUUCUCAGCGUAACAACUGUUUCUGACCCAAACACACCAAAAAUAAACCGAAAAAUAUUCGAAGAAAUUCGAAAUUCGUAACAAAAAUAAAAGAACAAACGCGUUUUUUUUUUUUUGAUGCCAUUUGAAAUAUUUUCUUUAAUAUUAUAACGCGGGUGUGUGGUUUAUUAUUCUUCCUCUUUCUUUGUUUUUGUAAUUUUCAUCGAAUUUAUUUCUUUGAGUGUAGUCAGAGGAAAAUAAUUUAUUAAGCGUGUGUUUGUGUCUGUGUGCGGGUGUUUUAACUUCCUUCAGUUUUCGUCUUUCUGUCGUCUUUAACGUUUGUUCCUGUGUUUCUCAAUAAGUUUUUUUUCACGUUUAAAUUUUUCCUACGGAAAAGGAUUUUCUUCGUUUUAAUUAAUUUUUAUUAAUUAUUUGUGUGUUUUAAUACUAAUUAAUUAACAUGGAUGAGCUCAACAAGGAACAAAUUGUCCUACUCCGUAAUGCUUUCAAUGCAUUCGAUCCGGAGAAACAGGGCUAUAUCAGCACCCAGAUGGUGGGCACUAUACUCAGCAUGUUGGGUCAUCAAUUGGAUGAGGCUACUUUAGCUGAAAUUAUUGCUGAAGUCGAUGAAGAUGGUUCAGGACAAAUUGAAUUUGAAGAAUUCACUACACUGGCCGCCCGUUUCCUGGUUGAAGAAGAUGCUGAGGCAAUGCAAGCAGAACUCAAAGAGGCCUUCCGUUUAUACGACAAAGAGGGCAAUGGCUAUAUUACUACAGGUGUGUUACGUGAAAUUCUUCGUGAAUUGGAUGACAAACUGACGAAUGAAGAUUUGGACAUGAUGAUUGAAGAAAUUGAUUCUGAUGGUUCUGGUACCGUAGAUUUUGAUGAAUUCAUGGAAGUUAUGACUGGUGGUGAUGAUUAAAUUUAAGUUUUAUGCUGUUGAUAGAAAGAAACAACAACAAUUUCCUGUCAAAAUUCUUAAUUCUUUUCCCCACCAAUAUGAUAAAAAAAUUUACACUCUAGAAACAUCUUAAUUAAUAAUAAUUAAUAAUAUUUAUCUUAAUAAUAACAAUAAUGAUAAACUAAUAAAAAAAUCUACAACUACAAAAA